AUGGAUACCACUGUAUCAACAAAUAGUACUGGAAAUGUUCCAUUAUCGCCUAUACUUAAAACAGCAUUAGCAACAGUCAGUAAAACAACAACAACAAAUAAUAUUGAAACAGAUGCAAUUCACGAUGGUAGCGAUAAACUAUUUCCAGAAGAUCGUGUAUCAAAAGAUUAUUACUUUGAUUCAUAUGCUCAUUUUGGUAUUCACGAAGAGAUGCUUAAAGAUGAAGUGCGAACAUUAACUUAUCGAAAUUCAAUGAUCUACAAUCGUCAUUUAUUCAAGGAUAAAAUUGUUCUUGAUUUAGGUUGUGGUACUGGUAUAUUAAGUAUGUUUGCUGCUAAAGCCGGCGCAAAACGUGUCAUCGGUAUUGAUAUGUCAUCAAUUGUUGGUUAUGCCAAAGAAAUAAUUGACAAUAAUAAUUUAAGUUCAGUUAUCACACUUAUUCGAGGAAAAAUCGAAGAAGUUGAAUUACCCGAUGGCAUUACUGAAGUCGAUAUUAUUGUUAGUGAAUGGAUGGGUUAUUGUUUAUUGUAUGAAUCAAUGCUUAAUUCAAUAUUAUAUGCGCGUGAUAAGUGGCUCAAUAAAGAACACGGAAUGUUAUUUCCUGAUAAAUGUCAACUUUUUCUUUGUGGAAUUGAAGAUAAAAAAUAUCGAGAUGAAAAAAUUAAUUGGUGGUACAACGUUUAUGGUUUCGAUAUGAGUUGUAUUCGAAAAGUAGCUAUUAAAGAGCCACUCGUUGACAGUGUUGACAAUCGUCAAGUUAUGACAUCACAUUGUUUAUUGAAGGAAUUCGAUUUGAAAACCGUCCGCAUCGAAGAUUUAUCAUUCACAGCUAAUUUUACACUCGAUGCCACACGUAAUGAUUAUAUUCAUGCACUUGUUGCCUAUUUCACAGUUGAAUUCAGUAAAUGCCAUAAAUAUUGUGGAUUUUCAACCGGCCCCGAUGCACCCUAUACGCAUUGGAAACAAACAUUAUUUUAUUUUGAUCACGACGAUGAAGAUAUUAUGUUACAUAAAGGUGACAAAAUAACCGGUAAAUUAAAUUUACGACCAAAUCCUAAAAAUGAUCGUGAUUUGGAUUUUGACAUUGAUUUUACUGCACAAGGACAACAGACACAAACGAAAUAUCAUGGAGAAUAUCGAAUGCAUUAG